AUGCCCACCGCCGGCCUAAAAACAAUCAUAGCCCUCUCCUUCGUCCUCGCCCUCGGCUUCCUCCUCGUCAUCCUCUCCUGCGCCCUCUACUCCAAAUACCACCCCCUCCUCGUCGUCGCCACCUACGUCCUCGCCCCGGUGCCCAACUGGAUAUGCUCCCACUGCGCCAACCCCGACGACUUUGUCGAGAGCUCGGGCGCCGCCAUCCUCGACCUGGGCCGGUUCUGCACCGGGUUCUUGGUCGUGAUGGGCAUCGCGCUCCCGGUGGUGCUGGCGCAUAGCGGGAUUAUCGCCACGGCGGCGGCGGUGAUGAGCAUUGUGGGUGGGUUGUUGAUUUAUGGGACGAUUAUAAGUUUUGGGCAGUUUUUUCAGGAGGAGCAGGAGUUUUAG